AUGCUAUCUAGGGAACGGGCGCGCGGUGCAUCAGCCGGGGACGCACCAAAUCCGCUUAGCACGGUCAGUGGCGCUGGCAGCCCGUUUGCCGUUGCAAAAGACCUUAAUGGAUUUUUCAUGUCGAUUGAACACGGCAUAGGUAAUAUAACCUUUAGGUUUGAACAGACUGUAGUAGUAGUACAGAGGCAGUUAGUCGUCAUGUCGACGGCGACCCUGCCGGUGGUCAUUGCAUUAAUUGUUUUCGCCCACGGUGCAAAGGAGAAGCCUGAACUCAGUGAGGACAUCCAAGAAAUAAUCCGGCACGUUCACAACGAGUGCGUUGGUAAGAUCGGGGUUGCUGAGGAGGAUAUAACGAAUUGCGAAAACGGCAUAUUUAAGGAGGACACUAAGUUGAAGUGCUACAUGUACUGUUUGCUGGAAGAGGUCAGCCUCCGUGUGGUACCUCUAACGUCGUUUGCGCCGAUGCUACGGUCGGCCCGGCUGGCGGCUGUCGACGGGGCGCAUUCGGCGCAGCCGGCGGCAGUUGCGUAUAGUAGCGAGAUUGCGCACGGGGUGCGGCGCAUCACCCCCUGCUCGCUCGGC